AUGAUACCUCUACACACAUUCCGGGCCAAUGUGCCACGACGGUGCUUCGCUGCAAGCGCCAACAUCCGGACAUACGCCAGCCAAACCCCCGGCAAUCCGAUGCUGGAGGUGUUCAACCGCAAGACCAAGCACCUCCAAAAAGAACGGGCGGCCCAGAAUGUCGAAGAGAGCCGAAAAGUCGAUUAUUUGAAAGAUGAGGUUGCAAGGCGGUUAUGCGAGCGCUUAUUGGAUAUCAAGCGCGAAUUCCCGAAUGUACUCGACCUAGGCGCAAACAGCUGCAACAUUGCCCGGGCCCUAACAACAACUGAUCUUGACCUGGCCGCGCCGGAGGGCCAAUCGACUCCGCCACUAGCAGAACGUAUCUCAAAAUUAACAUGCGUGGAUACCUCACGAGCGCUUCUGUACCGAGAUGAAGAGAUGCCCUUUAAUAAGGGGAUCAAUAUCCACCGUGAGCUGAUUCCGGACUUGGAGACACUACCUUACCAACCAAACACCUUUGACGCGGUGCUCUCAUCGUUAUCAAUCCACUGGAUCAAUGACCUCCCUGCCUUACUCAACCAAGUCAACACAAUGCUCAAGCCGGAUGCUCCAUUCAUCGCGGCGAUGUUCGGUGGCGAUACCCUCUACGAACUACGUGGAUCGCUCCAGCUGGCAGACAUGGAGCGACGCGGCGGCGUGAGUCCGCAUGUAUCACCACUGGCAGAUGUGAAGGAUGUGGGCAGCUUGCUGAACCGUGCUGGGUUCAAGAUGCUUACGGUCGAUGUUGAGGAUAUUGUGGUCGAGUUCCCAGAUACAUUCGCGCUCAUGCAGGACCUUCAAGCGAUGGGCGAGAGCAAUGCUAUUCUGCAUCGAGAGGCUGGACCUUUGUCGCGAGAGGUAUUGCUAGCCAACGAAGCUAUCUAUCGAUCUCUGCAUAUGGAAGAUGGCGCGCCUGGUAUCCCGGCCACAUUCCGACUGAUCUAUAUGAUCGGCUGGAAGGAGGAUAAGAACCAGCCGCAACCUUUGGAACGUGGAAGUGGUGAGACGAACCUCUCGGAGCUCCUAGGGGGCGGUGACUUCCAGAAGCCAUAA